CCCUCCUCCAGGGGUACUGUCUGGGCGUUGACCAGCCUGGUCCUCAGGCGCCCGCAGUAUGAGGCCGAAAGGGUCAAUAAGAGACCCAAGAAGCGGAGUGGGUCGGCCCGUGGGAGGAGCGACUCUGACGUAUCCAGCCCGGCCAUGUCGUCUCCGGCCUCUCCUGAGCGAGCCUAUAGCUCUGCCUUGUCAUCGUCUGGGAUGGGCAACGGCAACGGCAACGGCAGCGAAAGGCCCGUCAAGCGUAGGAGGAAAUCGGUUCACUUCCUUGUAGCUCCGGAUGAGGAUGUUGCCGACUCCGUGUUUAAUAAUGACAUGGAGUACUACUGGCAAGCGUUCCCCGAGGAUGCCCCUUUUCGCGAGAGGCUGAGUUGGACAUAUGACUAUUACACUUCAUGGCGGGGCUCCGGCUGGAAUUUUGCAAUUUCCACCAUACCAACCUUCGACCCUCCACGAAAACCCCGGUCGGGAGAGUUGGUCCAGAUCGAGUCAAUCCCAGUUAGGUCCAGGGCAGGCGUUUCCCGUCCCGUCAGCAACAGAGGGCUACUCCUCACCAGGCUCGGAAGAUCUGUGCUGGCAUACCUGGCACUCGACGUCUGUUCCACUCUCAUGAGGCAUGAUCCUUAUUUCCGCACCGGUCGUCACGAAGUAGCCCCGUCCCCGUCGGCCCCGUUGGCUCCUCAUCUUCCUCCCGCCUUGCUGUACAUAUACAGGAGCUUCCUCGCAUCCCUGAUAGUCUUCAACGCCCUGUGGGCCCUGUUCUCGAUGGACCAGGUCAUCAGGCGCUGGCUGAUGACCAGGCUCUUCGGCAGGGACGUCCGCACCGAGCUGUGGCUGUACUCGGACACCUUUGGGUCCUUUGCCCAGGUUCUCGACCACGGCCUCGGCGGUCUAUGGGGGCGAUCCUGGCACCAGACCUUCAGGAUAGGAUUCACGGCGCCUUCGGUGCUCCUCCUCGCAGGGACGCGCAGCAAGGCUGCCAAGAAGCUCCUAAGCUCGCUGGUCGCCUUUUGCAUCUCGGGCGCCAUGCACGCCACCGGCAGCUUCACCAUGCCGCGCGGCGCCAGGCCCUGGAUGCCCUGGCUGUUCUUCGUCCUGUCCUGGGUCGGCACGGCCGCGCAGACGGCCCUGUACCACGGCCUGCGUCUCGACCGCGUCGCCCCGAGGCUCCCCACGCUCGCGCGGAGGACGUCCAACCUGCUGUUCUCCUGCGCCUGGCUGCUCCUGACCUGCUGGGUCUUUGUCGACGACAUGUGCCGCGCCGGCAUGUGGAUGUUUGAGCCCGUCCCCUUUUCCUUUGCGCGCGCCGGCGGCUUGGGUCUGCCCGGCGACCAAGACGUGUGGCGUAUCAAGGAGCCGCUCAUCUAUUGGCAUUCCGGGAGACACUGGUGGGAUACUGGACUUGCUGCCUAA